AGUCAACAAGUGGUGCGGAGCACCCAAAUGCGUGCGCUCCGUUGUAUGCACGCGUGCACGGUUGCACGCGAGGUCACGUGAUCCGGGCUCCGUGAGGCGACUGCCCGUGAGGGCACGCCGCGCCAUAACAGGUGGACAGCCCAGAUACGCGCCCGAGCAGCGGCCGCCAAGAUGCCGUGAGGGGAGGCGGAAGGGUCGAGGUAGAAAGCCACAGGGCCGGGUCGACAGUGGCAAAAAAAGUCCCACCGACCAAAAUACUGUACACGCGGGAGAAACUGCGCAAGAACGACGAGGCAAGGAGCAGACACGCGUGGCGCGUCGGGUAUGGAACAGGGAGUCCCUGAACCGCUGGACCCUGGUUAGCUCGACGACAUCUCCGCUGGUCAGCCCUGGCGGUUCCAGCCACCGGCACCAGGGUGUACUGGGCCCCGUAGCUUGUGCUGCGACACCCAAAACGGCUGUGGAUAGGGAGUGCCCGCAGGGCCCUGCUGUAGCCUUGGUUCCCUCUUCACUCUUGGUUCCUGUUCACAGCCUCAGCGCCGCGCCGACGAGAGCAAAAAACCCAGCCUUUCGAUAGGCCAUCAAUCAGAGAUGCAGGUGUGGCUGCGCACCGCCUCGCUGCCGUUUUGGGGCUGUGCGAAUCGGCCGUCACGUUGAUGCCUUACCCCUCCCUUCGCGACCUGACGAUGCGCCUUCCAAGUUCUCGACAGCCGCUUGUCGACAUCUUGGCCACGACGUCCAUCCGCCCCAUAUCGGCUGAUUGCUGAUUUUUCAUUCUCAUUUCGUAAGUGCUACCGGCUUGCCGUGCAAUGGAGGCUUUGGGAGCAGCAGCAAGCGCCGUCGCGGUGAUCGAGCUCGCCGCAAAGGUCGGCGCACUCUGCCUACAGUACUCCCGCGAUGUCAAAAGAGCCAAAGACGACAUCGACCGCUUUCGACAGCAAACAGAGGCUUUGAAGACAAUCGCCGAAGGUGCGCAGCGGCUUUUGCAAGGUCCAGAUGGGUCUCGAUUUGAGACCGCGCAGAACCUGCGCAGCGCCCUUGCGAACGCCCGCUCGCAGCUCGAUCCCAUUCACACGAGGUUAGAGGAGAAACUGAAGAAUGGCCGUACGCAUCGUGCUAUGAGACGUAUGGGUCUGCGCGCCUUGGUAUGGCCGUUCGAAAGCAAAGACGUCGAGAAAAUCAUCAGCGACCUCCGGCAAGAGCGGGACGCGAUAUCCGCCGCACUCCAAGUAGAUCAAACGUUCGUCACCCCACCUACAAGCCUUUAUUACGUAGCUAAUUUCGCGCAAUAG